GACACGGGGCUCUGGUCUGCAGAUCUAUAAACUGCAGCUGGGACUAAAGACACCCAUUGGGGCUCCUCCAGGACAUCGGGCACUCUGGGGCGGGCAGCCUCCAUGGGCAACGCGGCGGGGAGCUAAUCGGUGGACAGACUUGUGGGGCUGGGCUGCGGCUGAGCCAAGAACCAUCUCCGCACAGUAAAACAACCACUUCACUUUCAUUCUGCCGCCUGAGACAACCACAUCCUCCUCACACAUCCCCAGGCCCCCAUGGAGAGCUCAGAUGUGGAGCUGGACCUCCAGCGGAGCGUGCAGGCUGUGCUCCGGGAGCUGAGCGUCCAGGCCCCGGCCAUGCAGGGACACCAAGGCAUGUGGAGAUGGUCUCUGCACAAGAAGGUUGAGCGAGAUCCUGGCAAGAGUCCAGCGUUGGUCCGAAUUCUGCUCAGAGAACUGGAGAAGGCAGAAAGUGAGGACCUCCGGCAUGUCAUCAUUCCCUUGCUGCACACUCUAAUGUACGUGCUCACCAAGGCCACGGGCAUCACAGAGGAGCUCUACCGGAGAACCUAUGCCUUUUGCAUCAGGUUACUCACCUUGCCCACGCCCUACUGCAUGGUCGCCUUGGACUGUGCCAUAAGGCUGAAAACAGAAGCGGCUGUCCCGGGGACGCUGUACCAAAGGCUGGUCAUUGCCGAACAGAACUUGACAAAUGAACUGUAUCCCUACCAGGAAAGAGUGUUCCUCUUCGUGGAUCCUGAGCUGGUAUCUCCCUCCGUGUGCAGUGCCCUGCUGCUGGAGAUCGAGGCAGCCCAGGUGCAUCAGACGCCAGAGGCCUGCAUGUGCCACGUGGUGUCCCACGCCCUACAGGCAGCUCUGGGAGAGGCCUGCCAGGCAGGUGCUCUGCAAAGAAAGCUGCAGACCAGUCCCCGCCACACCCUGGAGCACUAUUUCCACGCCGUGGUAGCAGCCGUGGAGCAGAUGGCUAGCGAGCCCAGCCCGAGCCGGGAGGGACACCUGGAGAGGCUGGAGGAGAUUUACUGCUCUCUGCUGGGGCCGGCGGCGGCAGCCAGGGGGCGCUGCGGCGGUGACUCCCUCCAAGACCGGCAGCCGGGCAUCCCUCUGCCCAGCCCCCACAUCACCUUCCACCUGUGGACGGAUGAAGAGCAGCUCUGGAAGGAACUGGUGCUCUUCCUGCGCCCACGAUCCUACCUGCGCCUCAGUGCUGACUUGGAGGCCUUGGAUCUGCAGGGCCUCUGGCCAGACCAGGAGUUGGCCCGGGUGUCCGUGCUGUCUAGAGACAGCGGCAUCGAGAGGGACCUUUCUCUAGUGGUCGACGAGCUCUUCGCACCCAGCAGCCCUGAGAUGGAGCGUCCCGGGCUGCAGCGCAAAGGGGGCAUCAAGAAGCGGGCGUGGCACCCAGACAUCUUGAUGCCCGUCAGCUGGGAUGGGUCCCCAGAGCUGCACCGGAGGACUGGCAGGCCCAGUGGGGAUGGGGAACUGCUGCCUGGCAUCUCCCGGCUUUACACCGCCAGGGUGCUGGUGCUGGGGGACGACCGGAUGCUGGGGCGCCUGGCCCAGGCCUACUACAGCCUCAGGAAACGAGAGACCCAGAAGUUUUGCCUCACUCCCAGACUCAGCCUGCAGCUCUACUACAUCCGGGUGCUGGCACCCCAGAAGUCCACAUUGUCCAGGCAUUCCGAGCUCGGAGAGCUGGCCGCCUUCCUGGGCCGUGCAGACCCGUGGUAUGAGAGCAUCGUCAACACGCUGUGCCCAGCCAUCCACAAGCUGGCAGAGAUGCCUCCCUGCCUGGACACAUCCCAGACAGUGGACCCCUUCAUCCUGGAUGUUAUCACCUACUAUGUUCGCAUGGGUACCCAACCCAUCUAUUUCCAGAUGUACACAGUCAAGAUUUUCAGUGACCUGAGCCAAGACCCAACAGAGGACAUUUUCCUCACGGAGCUGAUGGUGAAGAUACAAGACUCUAAGUUCCCCAAAGAUGGUUUUUCACCCAAGAGGAGAGGUGCGGCCGAGGGCCCAGGGGCUGAGCUCUCCAUUUGCUACCAGAAGGCCCUGCUCAGCCACCGGACCCGAGAGGUCACCGUUUCCCUGCGGGCCACCGGGCUGGUCCUCAAGGCCCUUCCAGCCAGUGACACUGAAGGCCCCACACACGGUCCCCCAACUGUUGCUCCUGUUACAGACAACACAUGCCUGACCAUCACAGUAACGGAGGUUGUCAAGUCCUCCAACUUGGCAGGACGGUCCUUCUCUACAGUGACAAACACCUUCCGGACGGCCAACAUCCAGAUCCAGAGCCAGGACCAGAGGCUGCUGACGCUGUUGCUAGACAAGGACAAUCGGCGCGUGUUCAGGGACGUGGUCAGAUUUGAAGUUGCUCCCUGCCCAGAGCCACGUGCUGGGGCCCAGAAGUCCAAGGUGCUGGGGCUCAGUUCACACCAGCAGCAGGAGAUGGAAAGGACCGAAGCCAAGGCCAAGCCCCUUCGAAUGCCCAUCAACACGUUCUCGGGCAUCAUCCAGUGAACCCGAGGGGGCAGCUUCAGCACAGAGCCCCACAGCGGCAGGCCUGGGAGGAAGGCUGCGCUAUGCCACCAGCCCCCAAACACCCAGCCACCAGCCCAACAAGGCCCGGCUGCCUGGGGCAGCUUCUGGCUGUGCCUGGGAGCCCAUGGUACCCGACACACAGGCAUCCUGGCCGUGGGGGUGGUGACGGAGCAGGACCUGCACACAGGCGGAGGAUGGCCUGGGCAAAGCUGCGCAGGGCCCAGCUCCUUGCAUGAUGGUCCACUUCUUCAUUUCUUUUUCAAUUUCCACCUCUUCCGCUCAAGCCGCCCCCCCCCCCCAGCCCUUAAAACCAAAGUGUGAACUGCUGUUCUGGCCAGGGCCCCCUUGGGCUGGGGGGAUGGGAAGCAGGCAAAGGUGGCUCCACCCACUCCUGUCUGUCCCCUUCCCUCUCGGGCCACUGCCCCCUUACCCACAGGCAUCUCUCUGGGUUGAUGGGAAAAUGUCAGAUUCAAUAAAUGCAUACUAAAGUG